AUUUUUUUUUUAUAAAAAUGCCAGACAGCCAGCCUCCUCCCUCGCAGCCUCCCAGGCCCCCCAACUCUCUUCCUCCUCUCCCUCCCCACACCAAUUCCCAUUCCCAAUUCGCCCUCCUCAAAUCCGGCGCCCGCAUUCCCGACCACCCCGCAGAUCUGGGAUCCGCCACCGCCGGAUCCCUCGCUGCCCGCGGCGCCCCGGGACGCGCGUGAUCCUACCCACAACCGUCAAGUUGGCGCCCCAGCGAAGGUCGCAGCGCCUCUCCGGCGGCGGCGCGGGCUCCGCCGCCGCGCAGCCGCCCGGAGCCUCCGGCGCACAGGCAGCGAUGGGUGACUCAGGCGACGCCGUCAUGGCGCGCUGGCUGCAGUCCGCGGGGCUGCAGCACCUCGCGACCUCCUCCGCCGCUGGUGCUGGCGGUGCCGACUACCGCGGUGGGAUGCCUGGGCUUGGGGGCGCUGGCGCGGGGAGCAUGCUGUCGAGCCUGCUCAUGCAGGGCUAUGGGCCAGAAUCGGUUGAAGAAAAGCAUAGACUUUAUACUCUUCUAAGAGGUUUAAAUUUUAACGGAGAGUCUGCACCCACAUCAAUGUCUGAGCCUUACACACCAACGGCUCAGAGCUUUGGUGGUGGGAACCCUGUGGAGGGGUUUUAUUCACCUGAACUUAGAGGGGAACUUGGUGCUGGACUUCUAGACCUUCACGCUAUUGAUGAUACUGAGCUUCUGUCUGAGGAUGUAGCAUCGGAACCAUUUGAGCCAUCACCUUUUAUGCCAAAGGAUAUUGAUGAUGAUGAUGAGGACGUGAUAUCAGGGAGUCAACAAGCACCAUUAGAUAAUUAUGGUUUAGUGACCAGUGAAAAAGAGAGCACUACUAGAGAAAAUAAUGUUGCAAAGAUUAAAGUAGUGGUAAGGAAAAGACCUUUGAACAGAAAGGAGCUAUCUCGAAAGGAAGAAGACAUCAUAACCGUGCAUGAUUCAUCAUGUUUGACAGUAUACGAGCCUAAGCUGAAGGUGGAUUUGACAGCUUAUGUGGAGAAGCAUGAAUUUUGUUUCGAUGCUGUCCUGGACGAACAUGUUUCCAAUGAUGAGGUUUACCGUGAAACAGUUGAGCCCAUAAUUCCAAUUAUAUUUCAGAGAACAAAAGCAACAUGUUUUGCUUAUGGUCAAACAGGCAGUGGCAAGACAUACACAAUGCAACCUUUGCCUCUGAGAGCUGCACAAGACAUGGUUCGUCUAUUGCACCAACCUGUCUAUCGGAAUCAGAAUUUUAAGUUGUGGCUUAGCUAUUUCGAAAUAUAUGGUGGGAAACUCUUUGAUCUUCUAUCUGACAGAAGGCAACUAUUGAUGAGGGAAGAUGGCAAGAAACAAGUUUGCAUUGUUGGUCUACAGGAAUUUGAGGUUUCUGAUGUUCAGAUUGUCAAGGAAUAUAUUGAAAGAGGGAAUGCAGCCAGGAGCACAGGGUCAACAGGGGCCAAUGAGGAAUCAUCAAGGUCACACGCUAUUCUGCAACUGGCUGUGAAGAAGCAUAUCAUAGUAAAAGAUACCAGGAGACAGAGAGAUCGUGAUGCUAAUGAAGCUAAAAAUACAAAGGCUGUGGGGAAAAUAUCAUUUAUUGAUCUUGCUGGAAGUGAGCGUGGUGCUGAUACUACUGAUAAUGAUAGACAGACAAGGAUUGAGGGAGCAGAGAUAAAUAAAAGUCUGUUAGCUCUUAAGGAAUGCAUUCGAGCUCUUGAUAAUGAUCAGAUACACAUUCCUUUCAGAGGAAGCAAACUUACAGAGGUUCUUCGUGAUUCAUUUGUUGGUAACUCUAGGACGGUGAUGAUUUCUUGCAUUUCUCCAAACGCAGGCUCAUGUGAACACACACUAAAUACCUUGAGAUACGCUGAUAGGGUCAAAAGUCUUUCCAAGGGUGGAAACACAAGAAAAGAGCAGCCCACAGGACCAACUACCACUUCUAGCCGGGAGUCUUCGUCAGCUCCAUCAUAUUCAUUGCCUGCUGAAGCUGAAGAAAUUCCUAACCAGAUUCAAGAGAAGAGACCAGUUGAUACUUAUCGGAAAGGCACUGAAAAUUUUACCUCCAACCCUUCCGCGGAGCCUGAUAGAAAUUCCUUCAGUAUGGUUCCAAAUUAUUCUAAUAAAGGGAGAGAAGACAAUGGUGCAGCAUCUGGUAAUGAUAGGGAGAGGUAUGAUUUGAAGUCCACCCAAACUGCUUACACUAGUAAGGCACAGUUGGUUCAGAAUUCAACAAACACACAGGAGGAGAAAGUCACAAAAGUCUCACCUCCUCGGAGAAAGGCUUAUAAAGAAGACAAAUCUGAUCGGCAGGGCAACUACGUGAAAAAGGAUAAUGGUCCUGAGACAGGUCGGACUGGGUAUAAGAUACAACAGGCAAAGCAGCUGCAACAGCAGCAAAGGCCAACAUCUGCUUCAGCUUCGUCAAGGCAAUCUGAAAAGGAAAGUUCUUGUGAUGAUGUAGAAAUUGAUGCAAUUCUUGAGGAAAUGAACCUUUUGGCAGAAGUUGAUCAACCAGGUAGCCUGAUUGACAACUACGUGACCCAACUGAGCUUUCUGCUGUCACGCAAGGCUGCAGGCUUGGUCAGCCUCCAAGCACGCUUGGCACGGUUCCAGCACCGGCUCAAAGAGCAAGAGAUCCUUAGCCGCAAGAAACCUCCCAGAUAGUAUGAUGAUCAGCAAUGACUCUGUCCUUGUGCCUUGUAAUCUGAUUGCUUGGAGCUCAGUUGUGGUCCAUCAGCUGUUUUUUACGUGUGCGCUCCAGUAAAUUCUAUAGCCCCAAGCAGGCCAAGACAUGUGGGAGUGGCUUAGGGCGGUCUUGAUGUCGAGGGCGUGGUCCUGGUUGAUAUCACCUGACACUUUUUGUCAGGGCCGAUAACCAGUUUGGUAAUAGUCCUUUUUCUAUACAGUGGGGCUGCUUGGGUGUGGUUGUUUUUGGCUUGCCCACUUUUACCUUUGUUUUCUUUUUCACAUAUUGUACGAGGGAAAGCUGGAACUGGGAUUUUGCAGAUAUCAGUGGGUCGAUUUUCGCUGGAGGGGUCUGCGGAAACAGAUACAUUGUUGUCGUAUAUUCAUUACUGAUAUUAUUUGCAUUGCGGAAGGAAAAGGAUGUGUGAAUGGUGAAACACUUGAAAUUGCCUUU